UUCUUGAUCCUCUUUCUUUUUUUCUCCUGUUUUACUCCGCCCGACAGUAUGGUGGGAGGGUACUUGAUGUGAAAUGUUUGAGGCCAGAAGGCGAGUUAGGACGCGUCUUCAGAUAGGAAAGCUGAGGGAGAGGACCCGUCUCUACCUUGUUGUUUUUUCCCAUCCCUCUCCAGAGGGGAUCCAUAGCUUUCAUCGCUCGGUUUUGCUGUCUCUGUGAGUCAGUCUGUGGAAGAAGGUUGAGUUGAGUGGGUUAGUUGACUCUUCGCCCCCCCCGCUCAGCUGACCGACCGUCCAAAUGUGCGUAAAAGGGCUCUAUUUUCUCGCUGUCCUGUCUGGACUUGCAGCUUCAGGUGUGCUCAAGGUCAGCGGGAUGCGUGUCUACACAUCUGGGGAUGUUGAGGCAGUCAACGGAACAGAUGUUCGUCUGAGGUGCACAUUUGAGAGUUCGGCUAAGAUCAACCCGAAUCUUGUCAUCAUCUCCUGGACCUUUAGACCCCUUUCAGGAGGCAGAGAGGAGAGGGUGUUUCACUACCAGCAACGACCAUAUCCACCUACUGAGGGCAUCUUCAAGAAGCGUAUAUCUUGGGCUGGUGAUAUCAUGGGGAGUGAUGCCUCCAUCAUAAUUCGAGAGGUAAAGUUCACCUAUAAUGGUACCUAUACCUGCCAGGUGACAAAUCCACCUGAUGUCCAUGGUCCAGUUGGGGAGAUUCGACUCCGUGUUGUCAAAACAGCUUCUUUCAGUGAACUUCUCCACCUGGUCCUGGCCAUCGGGGGUGGUAUCGCCGCUGUGAUCUUUUGUCUCGUAAUCAUCGUGUCCUGCAGGAGAUGCAAGAGGAAACACAGACAGAGACAGCUGGAGGGCGGUGAAGAGGUUCCCCGCAAAGAGAGGAAAGACCCCACUGCGUGGUAAGACCAAUGAAAUGUAGCCGAUGAAGAGGGGACUAAGAGAGGAGCAGAGGAUUCACACGCUUUCUCUCUUUCUCCAUGUGAGACUCUGGGGAUCAGGGCAUGCUAUGCUCCCUUUUGGGGCCAGGGGCUCUUUUCCUGCUUGAUGCUUCUCUUUCUUCCAUAUGCGACUGCAGUCUUUGGAUUCCACAUUUGGAUCAGUAACAGGCAGCUGUUAUAAGGCAGAAAGUAAUGAAGAAUGUGCCUUUAAAUAGAAAGCUCUCUAGAUGCUGAACUUUAGCCAGAUUGUUGCUUAGCCUUUAGGGAUUAACUAUGUGCCUUUCAUUUCUUCAGAACAACAUCUGUUUUAUCAGUUCAUCUUUUCCCGUUUAGCUAAAUGGGCCUCCAGCCACAUUUCCUGUUUAGAGUAAAUGUUUUGAUAAUGAAGAUGCAGAACAAUGGUGUAUUCCUGCUGUUUACUUCUCUGCUAAUGCAAUUGAAGCCCCAUUUUACGAAUGCAGUACAUGACACGUGUUUGGUGUAUUAUUUCAAGAAACAAUGGGAACAUUGAGCACUCUUCAAGCUUCCAGUGAAAAUGUCUUUGAUCACUUUAUAAAACCCCUACAAAGCUCUAAUCAUUUUCAGUGGUGGUAUGUGGCGGCUGUCUGAUUUAACCUCUGAGGUUGGCUUACAGUGGAUGUAAAAAGUUUAUACACACCCCUGUUUAAAUGCCAGGUAAAAACAUUUAUCAUAAUAAAUGAACUUUUUCUGUAUUUGACUUCACAUUUAUUCUGUACAACUCAACUGAAAAACAAACCAAUCCAUUUGGGGAUAAAUAUAAAAGACUGAAGACUGAAGAAAAGCUGCUAUAAGCUGGUUGCACAAGUGUGCAGAUCCUUUAUUAACACUUCAACAACUUUUUGAUUCAGUUCUAUCAUUCAGUCUUCCUGGGUGCACACUGCACAGACAGACGGACGGACGGACGGACAGACGGACGGACGGACAGACAGACAAAAUGCCAUGGCAGAGUACACCAAAAAGAAAACCCGCCAUGUGGUAAUGACAGCAUCAUGACUCUGUGAGGUCUCCUGAAGAGGGAUGUGGACAAUAGCUUAAUCUGACAGAUUUGGGGAGCCUUUGCUAUGCAGAAUGCGAAGACAUUGCCAAGUCAAACUGAAUGCUGAAAUUGAAUCAAAACAUCCUUCAAUAAAGUAUUAGUUCAAAAGGUCUGCACAUAAAUGCACCCAAGCUAUUGCAGCUUUUCCCCCCUUUUAUCCACCCUACAGAUUUGCUUUUUUGCCAUUUCUAUUGAGUGGGAUCUAUGUCACAUUAUAUGUCAAGAAAUUGUUGAAAUGGUUCAUAAUGGUUUAAAUUUUGACAUCACAAAAUCCUGGUAUUACAACAGAGGUGUUAAUACUUUAAUGAGCCACUGACCAUUUCUGUUUGAAAUCACUACUGAAGUCGAGUUACUGUGUUUUUGCUCGCUACUGUGUUGUUUAGCUGUGAUAAAAGCGUGAUUGAAUAAUUAUAUCUAAUUGUAGGCAUUUGUUGGAAACAGACAAUUUUUUACAUUUUUAAAUCUUCUACACAAAUACAAAUGCUUUUAUUUCUGA